AAGUGAGUGUGAAAGUCUUUGUACAAUUCAAUUCUCAGUUACCUCUUUCUCUCAUAGGAGUGGUAAGCUAGUUCUUACCUUAAAAUAGCUUUGGAAAUAUCUGAAUUUCAGCAAUUUGGCAAAAAAGUAUUUUUCUCUCAUCUGCUCUACAGCUGGCCAAAUCCUAUUUUUUUGUCAUUACAUGAUAAGUUAUGUUUAAAGUAUCUGUCUAGCAAACUGAGAGUUUAUUGUGAUUAAACUGUUGAAGUCUUCAAAAAAUAUUCUACUUUUUGUCCAUUGGAGUUGAAAACAGCUUGUCUGUGGGUGAUUCUUCUGUAAUUGUGAGUAGAAGGGUGCUUUUAUUUUUUUAUUUAUUUAUUGCAUGGAAAAAGAAGAUGAAUAGAGGUAGGCAAAUCGUCAGCAUCUUGGAAGAAUCCAAAUGAGACAUUUUUAGAAUUAAUUUCCCUAUUGUGCUAAACAAUACAAAGCAUUUUAGAACUUUAAAUUGCUUCUUAAUAGCAAUGAAUGCAGGUUAAGAAAGUUUAUUUGGUUUUACAAAGUAGUGUUGUAUACCCAGCACUCUCAGUCCCUCCAAUCCUCCUCAGUGGCAUCCAGUGAACUGGAAUAGGUCUUUUCUUUUAUCCCACGUCUGUUAGCUGGGCAACUAUAGAAGUGAAGGGAGAAGAAAUGAUGAAUCUGAGAUUACACAAAUUCUAGUAUAGCUGGCAGUAUCUACACAAAUGAAUAAGACUUAACAAAUGCUAUUGUACUGUGGGGCAGGAAUAAAUAUGUAAGCUUUUCCAGGAAGCAUGAUCUGGGCGUACUGACCAGAGUACACAAUCAUCUGAUUGGUACAAGCUGAUCGUGGCAAUCCAUACACAAAUGUGGAAAAGGAGGAAGAGAGAGAUCUAGUUAAUAAGUAAUUCCUAGUCAUAAUGCAGAUCUGAACAAGCAAUAUAGUUUCCCAACAGUAAAGACUGUAUCUCAGCUUAAACACCGUCCAGCACAAGUAUGUUGUUUCUUCCUCUCACAAGAAGGAUAUGAAGAACAAGAAGAGUUCUGCUUCACAAGAAGCAGAAGCAUGUCCUUCCAGGUGUCCAGAUAACAGUGCAUUCAAACAACAGAAGCUACCAGCAUGGAAGCCCCGACUUACCACGGCAUCUGUGCUCUCCACUUUCUUUCUCACGGGAGCGUUUUGCCUUUCUGUGGGAGUCUCCCUCAUAGUAGCUGCAAACAGCGUCAGAGAAAUCCAGGUUGAUUAUACAGAUAAAUGCUCAAAUUGUUCAAAACUUCGUGAAAAUUCCUCUAAUUGGAACAGUGAAUGCCUCUGUUCUAUUAAUUUCACACUAGCAGAAGAUAUGCUGGGUGAUGUCUUUAUGUACUAUGGCCUGCAAAACUUCUAUCAAAAUCACCGUCGAUACGUGCUAUCAAGAAGUGAUGAACAAUUGUUGGGUCGAAAUGUAGAUGUUCAGAACUCGUACUGUGCGCCCUUCGCUGCUUACCAAAAUGGAACACCAAUGGCUCCGUGUGGUGCUAUUGCCAACAGCUUGUUCAAUGAUACUAUUGAUCUUUUUUACAAUUUUAACUCAUCUGUUAUUCAAGUACCGCUGCUGAGGACUGGAAACAGUUGGUGGACAGAUAAACACGUGAAAUUCCGCAAUCCAGAAUCGCACAAUCUCUCUACUGCAUUUGCAGGAACAGCAAGACCUCCUUACUGGCAUAAACCAGUGUAUUUGUUAGAUGAGGAAGAUGAAAAUAAUAAUGGAUAUAUAAAUGAUGACCUCAUUAUCUGGAUGCGAGUAUCAGCCUUUGCUACAUUCAAAAAUCUUUAUCGUCGUAUCAGCCGGAAAGGGCAGUUUACUGAUGGCCUCCCAGCAGGGAAUUAUACUUUCCAUAUUUCCUACAACUUUCCUGUUACCAAAUUCAAGGGGAAGAAAUACGUGAUUCUUUCAACCAUGGUAUGGAGUGGAGGGAGUAACCCAUUCCUGGGAAUUGCCUAUUUGGUUUGUGGUGCAGCAGCAACCCUGACAGGUUUUAUCAUAACUGCCAUCCACUUAAAGCUGAGAAGAAAGAAAACGUAUUUUCAGAGACGCUGAUGUUCUCUGGAUUGCUCAGUGAAGGCAAAUAUGUGCUGUGAAUGAAGAAUGGGCAGCAUCUUUCAUUCUUUCCCCAAUGCUCUGGAUUUGCUUUAGUAACAGGUUUGGUGAAUGUAAGCAAAUUGAGGGACAGAGCUUAUUCAUCAUCCAAACCCAAACUUAAGCAAGGCUGCAUUAUUAUUAAUGCAUUUAUGCUCCUAAAUUUGUUUCUUAGGAAACUUAUAUUGAGAUGAGUUUCAAACAACAGAUAGCACAGUGGUUUGGAAUUGCAAGGACAGCAAAACUAUGUGGUACUACUGUUUAUCCAGAAGUCAGGGUCUAUACUCAUUUCUUACUUAGCCCUUUGUUGCUACUGUAUUUCUAUUGACUAAAAUGCAGCUUUGGGUCGGUAAAAAGUGAGAUCUUGGUCCAACAAAGUGCUUGAGCUGGUAGAACCUAAUGCUUAAGAUCCCUUGUUGGCCACUUGCAUGGGCUGAUUGGCUUGGCACAGGAUGUACAAAGCUUUUUCCACUAUCCUGGAAAAGCAGACCAUUCAUUUGUGUAUUAGUGUAGGAUAAUCAUCACAGUUCAGUACUUACAAUAGAAUACAGGUCGUGUUUUAAAAACAUGGAGUGUGUUUAAACCCUUUGUUGUGUUGGUUUUAUAUGAGUACCAAGGCUAGCCCACAGAGCUAGAUAGAGGAUGUGAAAACAUCAAUUUAUAUUAAAAAAAAAAAAAAAAAGUGGUUUAAUAGCUUAAAGUAAAGGCUCCUUCAGUGCUAACCAUUUCAGCAGAACCAUGUAGCUAAUGCAGCCUGCCUACUGAAGCCUUCUGUGCAAGACGCUGACUCUCAGUGACAUGAAAUGUCUGUUCCCCACUCAAGUCCCCAUUUCUGUGGUGCAGAAGCUCAAAGUCAGUAGUAAACAUAAACCAUCAGAAAAUCUGACAACUUCAUUUUCAGGAAAUCAAUGCUGUAGCUGGUGAAGAGACCAUUUUUGUUUUCCAUGUUCAAAAUUUCAGAUACUUUGAAGCAAUUUCCAGAAUGCAGGAAUGACGCAGAAGAAUUUAAGUCAAGAAUAGCAUACCACCUAUGAGUUCUUAAAAAUGAUUUUUCCCUGGCAUAAGUGGAAAUAGAAUAAAACACUCUUAAUGAA